CCACUUCAUUCACUCGGCAUCACCUCUUCCCCCAUCCCUCUCUUACGUUCGUAAAGCUCGGUUAGCAAUGGUGAAGAAGGUUAUCGACUCGCGCAUCCACACGCUCAUCAAGAAUGGAGUGCAGUCCAAGCAUCGCACGUUCUUUGUUAUCGUUGGAGACAAGGGCAAGGACCAGGUCGUGAACCUGCACUGGCUGUUAUCGCAGGCACAGGUCACUGCCCGCCCCUCCGUUCUCUGGUGCUACAAGAAGGAUCUCGGCUUCAGCAGUCAUCGUAAGAAGAGAGAGGCCAAGAUCAAGCGCGACGUCAAGAGGGGUAUCCGCGAGAUUAACGAGGAGGAUCCAUUCGAGCUGUUCAUCUCUGUCACCGACAUUCGAUACACCUACUACAAGGAGACUCAAAAAAUCCUCGGAAACACCUACGGCAUGUGCGUUCUUCAGGACUUUGAGGCACUAACGCCGAACUUGCUGGCAAGAACUAUCGAGACUGUCGAGGGCGGUGGAAUCAUUGUGCUUUUGCUCAAGAGCAUGUCGUCGUUGAAGCAGUUGUACACCAUGUCCAUGGACGUACACUCAAGAUAUCGCACAGAGUCACAUCAUGAUGUAGUCGCUCGAUUCAACGAACGUUUUAUUCUCUCACUUGGAAACUGUCCCUCAUGCUUGGUCGUCGACGACGAACUCAAUGUUCUCCCUAUUUCUUUGGGCAAGAACGUGAAGCCGUUGCCAAUCAAGACCGGAGAGGACGCUAUGACAGACGAGCAAAGGGAUCUGAUCAAGAUCAAGGAGAGUGUUCAGGAUCAGCAACCCAUGGGCGCACUUGUCGGCACAGCCAGGACCAAGGAUCAGGCAAUUGCUGUCAUGAAGUUCAUCGAGGCCAUCGCCGAGAAGACCCUCCGUUCAACCGUUACCCUGACCGCCUCCCGUGGUCGUGGUAAAUCCGCUGCACUCGGAAUCGCCAUGGCCUCAGCCGUCGCUUACGGAUACUCCAACAUCUUUGUCACUUCACCCAGUCCCGAGAACUUGAAGACAUUGUUCGAGUUUGUAUUUAAAGGAUUCGACGCACUUGGGUACGAGGAACACAUGGAUUACGAUAUUGUCCAGUCCACCAACCCAGAGUUUAACAAUGCCAUCGUUCGUGUCAACGUUUUCAAGCGCGAUCAUCGCCAAACUAUUCAGUACAUUCAGCCUCAGGACGCACAUACCUUGGGCCAGGCCGAGUUGGUCGUUAUCGAUGAGGCUGCUGCUAUCCCCCUGCCACUCGUAAAGGCGCUUUUGGGCCCAUAUCUUGUCUUCAUGGCUUCGACGAUCAACGGCUAUGAGGGUACGGGUCGCUCUCUCUCCUUGAAGCUGAUUCAGCAGCUCCGUGAGCAGUCGCGCGGAUUCGUCGGCAAGGAUUUGAACGCCGCAGAGUUGGCGAAGAGCAAGGCAACAGGAACUGCAGCGAGCGCGAGGACGUUGAGGGAGAUCGAGCUGAAGGAGCCCAUCCGUUACGCACCAGAGGAUCCUACAGAGAAAUGGCUCAACAAGUUGCUAUGCUUGGACGCCACUGUUGUUCAGAAGAAUAUCUCGGGAUGCCCCGCCAAGGAGGAGUGUCAGCUCUUCUACGUCAAUCGCGACACGCUCUUCUCAUACCAUCCCGUUUCAGAGACUUUUUUGCAGCGCAUGAUGGCCCUCUAUGUCGCCAGUCAUUACAAGAAUACCCCCAACGACUUACAGCUGCUGAGUGAUGCUCCCUCUCAUCAUCUGUUUGUGCUGCUGCCGCCGAUCAAGGAGGGCGACCGAUCUCUGCCUGACCCUCUGUGCGUUCUUCAGGUGUGUUUGGAGGGUGAGAUUUCAAAGCAGACGGUGUUGAACAGCUUGAGCCGUGGUGUUCGUGCAGCAGGAGAUUUGAUCCCUUGGUUGAUUUCGCAGCAAUUCCAGGACGACGAUUUUGCAUCCUUGUCGGGCGCUCGUGUUGUUCGCAUUGCGACCCAUCCGGACUAUGUCAAAAUGGGAUACGGCUCUAGGGCUUUGGAAUUGCUCUCUCAAUUCUAUGAGGGCCAGUUUUCGAUGUUGGCGGAAGACGAUAAGGAGAAGCCCGAGUACAGCAUGACCCGUGUCGACGAUAGUGAGCUUGAAGGAGCGUCCUUGAUGACGGAUGAUAUCAAGAUCAGAGAUCCCAAGAAGAUGCCUCCUCUUCUGUUGAAGCUGAGCGAGAAGAAGGCGGAGAAGCUUCACUGGCUCGGCGUCUCCUAUGGGUUGACGGGCCCUCUUCACAAGUUCUGGUCCAAGGCAGGAUAUGUCCCAGUGUACCUUCGCCAGACUCCUAAUGACUUGACGGGUGAAUACACCUGCGUGAUGCUCCGCACACUCGAGUCAUCCCAUACACAGACGCAGUGCGACCCCAUGUGGCUGUCGUCUUUUGCCAAGGAUUUCCAUCAUCGUUUCCAGAGCCUACUCUCCUUCCAGUUCCGCUCCUUCUCUGCCACGCUGGCGCUCUCGAUCCUUGAGUCAGCCCGGUCUGCCAAGCAGGCCAACAGUGAAGGGAACAAUGGCGGCGAUAGUAGGAACCCUACAGACCUGAUGGUCAAACUAUUGCGUGGGGGUCCUAUCUCAAGGGAACUGGUCGAUACGCAGUUCACGGCCUAUGACCUGAAGCGUCUGGAGAGUUAUGCCAACCAGCUGUUGGACUACCACGUUAUCCUGGACUUGCUUCCCCAGAUCGCCAGCAUUUGGUUCGACGGCAGGAUUGACGACGGUGGAUUCAAAUUGACCAACAUCCAGUCGGCGUUGUUGUUGGCUCUGGGAUUGCAGCGCAAGACCAUUGAUGACUUUGAGAAGGAAAUUGGACUUUCGGCAUCACAGCUGCUGGCCUUCUUUAUCAAGAUGAUCCGCAAGUUCUCGGAUGUGUUCAAGGAACAAAAGACCCGUGCCUACACUGAGGAGAUCAAUAACAACCGGGCCGCGAUCUCUGCACAACAGACCAACAAGAAGAGCGGCAGCGGCAUCAAUAAGAUGAAGCGCGAUGUGACCAAGGAGGAAGAAUGGGACCCCAACACUGAAGAUCUGGAUGACGAGCUCGGAAAGGAGGGUCGCUUACGGUUGCGUGAGCUCCAGAAGGCGUCACUGGGUGAUGUGGAGAAGAUGUACGCGAUCGCGAAGGACGAGACCGUGGACUGGUCGAUGGCGGAGGCCCAGAUUGAUAAGAAGGGCAAGUCAACGGUGGUGUCGGUCAAGAACCCGGAUUCGACCAAGAAGAGGAAUCUGGUCAAGGGCGGCACCGCAAACGAGGUCUUGGAGAAGGAGUCCAAGGAGUUUGUCCGUGGAAAGGCAUCGCGACGGGAGGGCAAAUCUGCGAAGAGGCGCAAGGUCUGAGGAAAGAGACUGGAGGAUCUACAGGUUAUCAUCUAGAGCGCCCUUAUUUGUUCAUAUUAUUAUCAUAUAUCAGCUUUUUUUCUUUGUUUACUGCAUCAUAAUAAAAUCAGC